AUGUUUCUAGUGACUUUGGAUGUGAGUGGUUUCGCAAAUGGCGCAAUACAAGUUCCAGUCCAGAUUAACAGCCAGCAGCUGCAAGCCUUCGUUGGCGGGUGGCUCGGCUCCACCAAUAUUGCACAAUUCACGAAGACCAAUCCCAUCGAAAAACCGCGAUCAACCGUCCGUAGGACCAUCGAUCGUCGUCCGGCUUCAAAACGAACAGGAACAAACUCACCAAAUCAGGCGAAUAACGGCACUCCUCAACAGAGAAAACACGUGACAAGCGAUUUGAAAACGCAGCCACUCGCGCGCACAGCCUGCUCCGAUUCUCCAAUUGAUCGUUUAUUGACCUUCUCUCUUUCUAACCUUUAUGACCUUCUUUCAAAUUCUAACCUCGAAUUCACCCUCUCUCCUCUAGGAUUCACCGGAACGCAGUGCGAGAUCGACAUCGACGAGUGCGCCACCAACCCGUGCCUGAACGGUGGCAUCUGCCGCGAUAUGAUCAACUCGUUCAAGUGUACCUGCGCGAUCGGAUUCACCGGACUACGCUGUCAGAUCAACAUCGAUGACUGCCUGUCGCAACCGUGUCGGAACGGAGGCAUCUGCCACGAUUCCAUCGCCGGAUACACGUGCGAGUGCCCUCCCGGCUACACGGGAAUGUCCUGCGAGACGAACAUCAACGACUGCGCUUCGAACCCGUGUCACCGGGGACACUGCAUCGAUGGGGACAAUUCGUUCACCUGCCAGUGCAAUCCGGGUUACACCGGGUACCUAUGUCAGAUUCAGAUCAACGAGUGCGAAUCGAACCCGUGCCAGUUUGGAGGACACUGCGAAGAUCUGGUCGGGGGUUACAUCUGCCGGUGUCAACCGGGAACCUCCGGUCUCAACUGCGAAGUCAACGUCAACGAGUGCCACAGCAAUCCCUGUCGGCAUGGAGCCAAGUGCAUCGACGGUAUCAACCGGUACACUUGCCAGUGCGUUCCCGGUUUCACGGGAACUCACUGCGAAACGAACAUCAACGAAUGCGCAUCGGACCCUUGCGCCAACGGCGGUGUCUGCAUGGAUUUGGUCAACGGGUUCCGCUGCGAAUGCCCUCGAGGGUACUUCGAUGCCCGGUGUCUGAGCGACGUAGACGAAUGCGCAUCGAACCCUUGCAUCAACGGCGGUCGUUGCGAAGACGGCGUCAACCAAUUCAUCUGCCAUUGUCCACCUGGCUACGGUGGUCGCCGAUGCGAAACGGAUAUUGACGAAUGUGGAUCGAACCCUUGUCAACACGGCGGCAUCUGCCGUGAUGGACUGAACUCCUAUACCUGCCAGUGCAUGCCGGGAUAUUCCGGAAGGAACUGCGAAAUCAACAUCGAUGACUGCGUUAACAAUCCUUGCCGGAACGGAGGUUCCUGCAUCGAUCUGGUCAAUGGCUACAAGUGCGUCUGCCGAGUGCCGUUCACCGGACGGGACUGCGAAUCGAAGAUGGACCCCUGCUUGCCAAACCGUUGCCGCAACGGAGCCAAGUGUUCACCCAGCCAAAACUACAUGGACUUCUCGUGCAGCUGUACUCUCGGUUACACCGGUAGACUAUGCGACGAAGACAUCAACGAGUGUGCCUUGUCCUCACCGUGCCGAAAUGGCGCCACCUGUCGGAACACCAACGGAUCCUAUCAAUGUCUCUGCGCCAAAGGCUACGAGGGUCGCGACUGCACGGUCAACACCGACGACUGCGCCUCCUUCCCGUGUCAGAAUGGAGGAACCUGCUUGGACGGUAUCGGAGACUACACCUGCCUCUGCGUGGAUGGCUUCGAAGGCAAACACUGCGAAGUCGACGUCAACGAGUGCGUGUCGAUGCCUUGCCAGAACGGAGCCACUUGCACGCAGUACGUCAACUCGUACACCUGCACCUGCCCGCUCGGCUUCAGCGGAAUGAACUGUCAAACCAACGACGAAGACUGCACGGAGAGCUCCUGCAUGAACGGCGGUACCUGCAUCGACGGUAUCAAUAGCUACAACUGCUCAUGCCAGGCAGGCUUCACUGGUUCCAACUGCCAGUACAAGAUCAACAAAUGCGACUCGCAACCCUGCCGGAACGGAGCCACUUGCUACGAUUACGACAACGACUACACGUGCCACUGUUCGUACGGCUACACCGGAAAGCAGUGCAUGGACUACGUAGACUGGUGUUCGCAGUCCCCUUGCGAAAACGGAGCCACCUGCGUCCAAAGGGAGAACGUCUACCAGUGUAUCUGCGCUCCUGGCUGGACCGGCAAGCUGUGCGACGUCGAAAUGGUAUCGUGUAAGGACGCAGCCAUUCGGAAACGCGUCGAGCAGAAACUCCUCUGCCACAACGGAACUUGCGAGGACUUUGGAAACUCCCAUCGCUGCCACUGCCAACAAGGCUACACCGGGUCCUACUGCCAGAAGGAAAUCAACGAAUGCGAGAGCCAACCCUGCCGAAACGGCGGUCACUGCAAGGAUCUGAUCGGAUCAUACAAGUGCAUCUGCAAAAAGGGCUUCCAGGGUCAGAACUGCGAACUCAACAUCGACGAAUGCAAGCCGAAUCCUUGCCGUAACGGUGGUAUCUGCCACGAUCUGAUCAACGACUACAAGUGUUCGUGUCCACCGGGAACUCUGGGAGUGCUGUGCGAGAUCAAUACCGAUGACUGCGUGCCGGGAGCUUGUCACAACAACGGAAGCUGUAUCGACAAAGUCGGAGGAUUCGAGUGCCGCUGUCCACCGGGCUUCGUAGGAUCCCGAUGCGAGGGUGACAUCAACGAGUGUCUGUCCAACCCAUGCUCGAACCCGGGAACCCUGGACUGCGUCCAGCUGGUCAACGACUACCACUGCAACUGCAAGCCCGGGCACAUGGGACGCCACUGCGAGAUCAAGGUCGACUUCUGCGCCAACUCGCCGUGCCUGAACGGCGGCAUCUGCUCUAUCCGCCAGUCCGGACACCACUGCGUCUGCACCGAUGGCUACUACGGCAAGAACUGCGAAUUCUCCGGACACGACUGCGACUCGAACCCGUGCAUCAACGGACUGUGUCAGAUUGCCGACGACGGCGGUUACCGGUGCGAGUGUCCGCUGGGAACCAGCGGAGUCAACUGCGAGAUCGAUAUCCUGGACGAGUGCAAUUCCAGCCCGUGCGAACGGGGAGCUGCCUGCCAGAACAAGCUGGGCGACUUUGAGUGCUUCUGUCCGCCGAAGUGGGCCGGUAAGACUUGUAACAUCUACGACCCGUCGUACAAGGGAUGGUUCGAGAGCGACACCAAGAAAAAGGGCAUCCUGAACAUCUACGCGAUCGACUUGGAAUACCAGAGGGCACAGUGCGUGAAAAAGGGAUGUAGGGAGAAGCAAGGAAACCAUAGGUGCGACGAAGAGUGCAACACGUAUGCUUGCGAUUUUGAUGGAAACGACUGCUCGCUGGGAAUCAAUCCGUGGUUGAACUGUACGGCUAGCAUCAACUGCUGGGAAGUGUUCCAGGAUGGAAUCUGUAACGAAGAGUGUAACAAUGCGCAGUGCUUGUUCGAUGGACGCGAUUGCGAGAAGAAGCUGCAGCCGUGUAAUCCGGUGUACGACGCGUACUGUCAGAAGCACUACGCUAAUGGGUUCUGCGACUACGGAUGUAACAACGCCGAGUGUAACUGGGACGGAUUGGAUUGCGAGAACGAUCGCGAGCCUGCUCAGCUGGCCGAAGGAGCGAUUUCUAUCAUUCUGCUGAUGGACAUGGAAACGUUUAAGAAGAACUCCGUCCAGUUCCUGCGAGAUCUGGGUCAUCAACUUAGAACCACAGUCCGGAUCAAGAAGAACAGCGCCGGAAUGGAGAUGAUCUUCCCGUGGAAGGGAGGCACCGCCUUGCAGGGAUUGGCUGAAAGUGAGUUUGGUCGCAAACACCACGUAGUCUACACGGAAACUCGUCAGACCGGUAUCCAAGUCUUCCUGGAGCUGGACAACCGCAAGUGUAUCGGAAUGACUGGCGCAGAGUGCUUCGGCACGGCAAGUGAAGCUGCAGAGUUCCUCGCCGCAACGGCUUCGAAACAUUCCCUAUCGAAACAGUUCCCCAUCUAUCAAGUCAAGGGUGUCAAUCCGGAUGAUGAUGGUCUGCCGGAGCAGACCAAUACCAACUACGUACUGCUCGGGUUCUUCAUUGGACUGUUGCUGUUCGCCAUGUGCGGAGUGUUGGUGGCCAACCGAAAGCGAGCUCAUGGUGUAACGUGGUUCCCGGAAGGAUUCUUUACUGCCAAUACCAACGUCCGAAGACCGUCCCGUAGACGGCCCGAUGGUCAGGAGAUGCGUAACUUGAACAAGAAUCCCUCGAUGGUUGACAUGGCAAACGGGCAUAUGGGUAACUCGCAGCAGUGGUGCAACAGUGACGAUGAGUCGGAAAUGCCGCAGCCAAAACGGCUGCGUGGUAUUGAUCAGGGUUACUCAAGCGAUCAUACGGCGAUUACGGACUACGAAGAAACGGAACCCAGGGUGUGGUCGCAGCAGCACUUCGAAGCAGCUGACAUACGGGAUCAUCCGGCUAUGAUGACACCUCCGACGCACCACGAUGGCGGUCACAACGAUGUGGAUGUGCGAGGCCCGUGCGGAAUGACUCCUCUGAUGGUGGCUGCGGUGCGAGGAGGAGGCAUUGAUUCGGGAGAGGACAUUGACGCCGCGGACGACUCAACGGCUCAAAUCAUCUCGGAAUUGGUAGCGCAGGGCGCUGAACUGAACGCAACAAUGGACAAGACUGGGGAGACUUCGCUGCAUUUGGCGGCUCGAUACGCUCGAGCGGACGCAGCCAAGCGAUUGCUGGAUGCUGGAGCCGAUGCCAAUAGCCAGGACAAUACGGGACGUACGCCACUACACGCAGCCGUGGCGGCCGAUGCCAUGGGUGUGUUCCAGAUCUUGCUGAGGAACCGUGCAACGAAUCUGAAUGCCCGUAUGCAUGACGGAACGACGCCAUUGAUCUUGGCAGCUCGUCUCGCGAUCGAAGGAAUGGUAGAAGAUCUGAUCACAGCCGAUGCGGAUAUCAACGCUGCGGACAACAGUGGUAAGACUGCACUGCAUUGGGCUGCGGCCGUGAAUAAUGUGGAUGCCGUGAAUAUCCUUCUAACACAUGGCGCAAAUCGGGAUGCUCAGGAUGAUAAGGACGAAACUCCGCUGUUCCUUGCCGCUAGGGAAGGAUCGUUUGAAGCGUGCAAGGCUUUGCUGGACAACUUUGCCAACCGGGACAUUACAGAUCACAUGGAUCGGUUACCACGGGACGUGGCUAGCGAACGGAUACAUCAAGACAUUGUCCGGCUACUGGACGAACACGUGCCACGUAGUCCGCAGAUGGUGACGACGAUCCCCAACACGAUCAUGUCACCCACGACGCACCCGCACAUGAUCACCCAUCCGACGAUCAUUGCUUCGACGAAGCAGAGCAAACAGAAGAAGCGAGCGAAAAUGAACGGUGUGGGAGGUCCCCAGAAUCCAAACAGCCCGGAUAACGAUGGCAGCAUCCGUCGGAAAGCGGUGGCCAAGAAGCCCACGCCGGGUGCCAAGAAGAACAACAACCUAGGAGAUGUGCAGAUUUCGGAUGAUCAGCUGAGUUCUGUGGAGUCGCCACUGGCCAACAUCCCCAGUCCGUACGAUACGGUCAGUUUGUACUCAAACGCAAUGGCCGUACACCAGUUGGAUACGAUGACCGGUGCCGGCACCGGCAAGAAGCCACCGAGCUACGAGGAUUGCAUCAAGAGCGCACAAUCGAUGCAAUCGCUGCACAACAUCAACCUGGACAACUAUGGCUACUCGAUGGGCGGUGCCGGGAACACUCCGUUCCAAGAUUUGCUGAUGAACCAGCGGAACAACGUGGCGGCAAACAUGUUGCACGCGAUGCAUGCGAUGGGUGAAAGUGGGCUGAGUCCUCCCUAUUCGAACCAAUCUCCGCCGCACUCGGUGCAGAGUAACCUGGCGCUGUCACCGCAGGGGUAUAUUGGUUCGCCAUCACCGGCCAAGACGAGGCCCAGUUUGCCAACAUCGCCGACGCACAUCCAAGCGAUGAGGCACGCCCAACAGCAGAAGCACGGUGUGCAAAUGAUCUCCAACGGAAGCAUGCAGCAGCAACAGCAACAGCAGCAGCAGCAGCAACAACAACAACAACAGCAAAAUAGUGGUAGUAUAGGCUGUGGACCGCAGCAGCAGCAACAGCAGAGCAGUAGUAAUAACAAUAGCAGUAACAACACAAACAGUGCAAUGUUGGCCGGCCUGCAGAUGAGCUUUGUCAACGGUUCGUCCGGGCUGGAACUGGCGGGCUUUUGUAGUCCCACAGGCCAAGGAUCUCAAGCAACCACAUCGCAGAACACCACCGCCACCACCAUCUCGUCGCCAUCGUCGUCGACCAUGUCGUCGGCGCACCUUUCGCCGAUGUCGUCCGCAUCGGCGCACUGCCAGCAGUCGACCCUGAACAGCCAGCAGUCGUCGUUCUACCAAUAUCUGACGCCACCGAGCCAGCACAGCGGGGGCAUAACGCCACAGCACCUGGUCCAAACGCUGGACAGCUACCCGACGCCAUCGCCGGAAUCGCCCGGCCACUGGUCUAGUUCCUCGCCGCACUCGACUUCGGACUGGUCCGAAGGAGUCCAAUCGCCGGCCGCGGCCAACAUGAAUGUGUACGUGACGAGUGCGGCACCCGGUGGCCACCAGGCCAACAAGGGUUCCGAAGCGAUCUACAUCUAACCCAGUGACCCAGGGGUUAGAACAGGUUAGUUAAUAUGCAAGUGCCUCGUCCUAAACGUUGAAAAACACGUGUUUGUACAGAGAAAAGGUGUCCCCUAGCUCCACUUCGUUCUCGAGUGUCCCUGUUGUAGAAUGGGACCGGAGCGAAGCGUGAUAGUGAUAAUUUAUUCGAUAAUUUAACUAGUUUUUAAAACAAUUUGUUGCAAAAGACUUCCCCCUCGAAGGAACCAAGCGUGCUGAAUUACACUGCUUAAUGGUGUGCGUGACAGACGAAUGAAUGGUUGCAUGUGUGCGUGAGAGCAUGACAACUCGAAUUGAAGGAAACCGAGCAUUCCUCAUUGUAGAGACUCAUUUCUUAACUGAAAGAAACGAAACGAUUUUAGCCGAAAACUAAAAAAGACAAAUUGUACAAUACUUCCUUAUUAAUAGCGAAACAUGAAAAUAACGCGUGCGAUUUAUUUUACAAACACACGCACACAAACGCGAAAAAGACAAUCUCUCUGCAUUUGCAUUUUAGAUAUAUAUCUAUACAAAUUGGUAAGACAGUUAUUAUUUUUCGCUUAGAAAAACCGUAAUUUUAGUCACAACCCUGUGUCGUUGUAAAUAUUUGUGCCUACGGACAAGAAACUCAAGAAACAUGGUCUGAUUAAUAGGUUAGGAUUUGCGAACAAAUCGUGAAAACAACAAAACAAAACGUGCUACAAUUAGCGAGUAAGCACUGCAGUUGAGGUCAAACCGGAAAAUGUGACGACAUUUGUUUACGAACAGAAACCGUUUCAUUUCCCGUAAGCCCAAAAGAAAACAAAACAAGUAAAUUAUAUAUAUAUCGAACACGUGGAAGCUGUCCACAACUGUAGAUGUUGUACAUAGUCACUGACCAGCAGAGAACAAUAAAGAGAUCAAACUAUACGAUAGAAGCGAAUGCAUUUUUCUCCUCUAUUCGUAAAAGUAAAAGUGUAUUAUUUUAUUGACAUUUUUUUAACUGUAGCAAUUUUAACACAAGUAAACAACUCGAUUUUUUAAAACGCGGCGCGAAAGCCCACUAGUUUAGUAGAGUAUCUAGGAAAAGAAAAUGGAAAUUCUCUCUUUUUAAUGCGGAACAAAGACAAACAUUGUUUAGGAACGGUUGGUUUAACAUAGAAGAAAAUCUCUUUUCGAACGAGAAUCUCAGUGCGCCUUAAUCCAGUGAAUCCAAUAUUAAUUACAAUCAGACC